AUGGCUAUUGAAAGCAAGGCCACGGUGGUCUCCCUGCUGAGGGACUGGGUCAAGCUAUUCAUGUGUAACCAGGCAGAUGUCAAGAUGCAAAGUGCGGAAAGCCCGUGGCGCAGGAGUGGGUGCCAGGCAGCCCGCACGCAGGUGACCGGCGGACCCCCUCCCCAGGCCCGGGCGGCGGCGGGGCGGGGUGGGGUGGGACUGACCCCUGGCUCCGCCCCGCGGCGCCCCCCGCUGGGCCCCCUCCCCCCCACCCCGCGUCCCCGCCGCCCGCACUCACAGCGCUUGGGUGAAGGCGCUGAGCCCCUCAGGCACGGCCGUCAGCCCCUUCCCGGAGCAGUCCACCCGACGGUCGCCGUCGCAGCUGCAGGGCGCCGCGCAGAGAGGCGGCGCCGCGCCGCUGGGCCCUGCCGAGCCGAGCAGCCCCAGGGCGAGGAAGCAGAGCAGCCCCAGCGGGCCCGGCAUUGCUGCGGCCGCCUCCCGCGCCGGCCUCUCCCGCGGCGCUGCUCGCUCCGCUGCCCUCCGAUGCCCCCCGCCGCCCCCGGGCAGCCGGCCUGCGGGCUGGGGCGGGGGUCUCUUCCUCGGCGGUCCGCGCGGGCUCGGCCCCUUCAGCAGUCCGCCGCAGCGGCGCAGGGACGCGGCGCUCCGGAGUUUCGCCCUUCCCGCUGCUCCAUGGACGCGCAGAGGCAGCCCCGCUCCUCCGGCGGCUCAGGCCAGCCGGGCCGGCCCGGCGCAGCAGCGGGGGCCGCCCUCUGCCAUCGCACCGGUCUCCCUGUCCCCGGCCUCCCAAUGCAGCGGCUCUUCAAGGUUGCAGAGCGCAGCCUUCAGCCAUGCCGGCCACUCGCCCCAGCCCCCGCCGUGGCUCUCGCACAAACACCCAGACUCUGGCUCGCUCUCUCCCAGCCGCAGCUCAAUCUCUUCCCGUCCUUUUCCCUUCUAGGGUUGCACGCUCUGGUUCCCAAGCCCCCGGCCGCUGGCUUAUGCAAAUCACUUAGAAAUUGGAUCUCCUAAAUUGGAUGACCUGGAAAGUAGAACUUCCCUCCAGCGUUCAGUUAAGUUUCAAAUGACUCUCUGCUGUUCCAAAGGGCGAGGACGUCUGGAGCUCUGCAAACGGAAAAAAGAUUUUGAAGAGGAGGAAAAAAGUUUUUCCCUCGAUGUGACACACAUCUUUGGGUUUUAGCUAUACACUAAGUUAAAAGUGUACUCUCUCCAGUGCCUCACCUCACCUGGGAUCUUUACACCUCUCUUGAUACACAUUUGGUAGCUAAGUCUUAGCAAUUCAUUCUCCCCAGUCCUCUCUCUAUAUUUGGUGUUUUUGGUGACUGCAAAUCAGACUCCUUUCUCACUCACUUUAAAAUCCUGAAACACAGGAAUUUUGUAAAAGGUCAGAGAAAGUGAUGUUUCUGAACAAUGGACAAUUUCCAAAACAUCUGAGUGGGAGGUGACUACGGCUGAGAAGCCAGCAGCAACGUUGGUGUUAGGUAAUUAUCAGCAUUCCCUCCUCUUCUGGAUUUUGAGUCCCUGUAGCCUAAUAGACCCCACGGAAUCAUUACCUGUACCAACUACUGCUUUAGGGGUACUUCCUUUCUUGCUCUCUGCUAUGACGUUGAGUUGUUUUACUCUAUAAUGGAGACAUUUUUAAUGAAUACAUUAAAACAAGCAGUAUUCGGCCGGGCGCGAUGGCUCACACCUGUAAUCCCAACACUUUGGGAGGCCGCGGCGGGCGGAUCACCUGAG